UCUAGGUAUAAUGGCGCAAACACAAGUAUCUGCACUCUGCAUGUGUUAGAAGAAAAUCUCAAAAUAUCCUUAAUCCGAACGAUCAUUCUCACACCAAGGAAGUUCUCUACAGAGCAUUUGAUUUGUGGAGCAUCCCAAGAGUGGCUGUACUGCUCCAUCAAAGAUCUUCAACAUGUCAGAACCAGGUUGUCCAGCCCAAAAUGACCUUCCAAAUCCCAUGCCUCAGUCAGAAGAUCCUGCACCGGCUACUCCAGCCCCAGGUCUCCAGACAGAUGAUCAUUUGCCUCCAGUUCAGCCACCUUUGUAUCAAUCUGAACCGAUUUAUGAAGUUCUCGAGGAUCAUGAAGAACACACAUACAUGUGUCCUGAUCCGACUCCUCCACCUGCUGGGCUUCAACCAGAGAAUCAACCAACUCCUGUUCAGCCCGUCAUGAAUCUGUCUGUUCCAAUUAAUGCAGUGCCUUACAUGAUUCAGCCGUAUAAAGGCUAUCCAGUCCAAAGCUACCUUCCAAAUGCCAUACCUCAGACAGCAGGACCUGGACCGGUUCCUCCAGCCGUGGGGCUAGAGCCACAAAAUCAGCCACUUCCGGUUCAGACAGUCAUGAAUCCGUCAAGUCCAAGUAGUCCAGUACCUCACCAGGUUCAGUCAUACACAGUAGGCUACCCAGUCCAAAAUUACCCUCCAAAUGCCAUACCUCAGACAGCAGGACCUGGACCAGUUCCUCCAAAUACACCAGGGCUCCAGCCACAGAAUCAACCAUUUCCAGUUCAGACAGUCAUGAAUCCGUCAAGUCCAAUCCAAAUGCUUCAGCCUGGACAGCACAUAUCCGCUUAUCCUGUGAGAGGUUAUGGAGUACCUCGGCAGGUUCCUCCAGCUACAGGGUUUCAGCCAGGCAAUCAUCCACCUCCAGUUCAGACAGUCAUGAAUCCAUCUAGUCCAGGUCAUCCUGUCCAAAACAACCUUUCAAAUCCCAUGCUUCAGUCAGAAGUCAUAGAACGUCAUUCAGUGAAUCAACCGCCUCCAGUUCAGUCAGUUUUGAAGCAGUCUGAUCCAAGCAAUACAGCACCUCACCAGGCUCAGCCAUAUGCAGCACCUGCAGUUCCACCAGCAGUUCAACUUUUUGGAGUACCACCCGGUCUCGAGUACUUCACUCAGAUUGACCAGAUACUUAUUCACCAAAAAAUAGAGUGUAUAGAGAUAUUAACUGGCUUUGAGACUAACAACCAGUAUGAGAUCAAGAACAGCAUCGGGCAAGAGAUCUACCACGCCAAAGAAGAGAGUGACUGCUUUAUACGCAAUUUCUUUGGUCCAGCACACGGUUUUAAAAUGCAUAUUAAGAACAACAUGGACCAAGAGGUCGUUCAGUUGCACAGACCAAUGCGCUGCUUCCUGCAAGAGAUUGAGGUACAGGCUCCCCCUGGAGUAAUCAUAGGCUAUGUGAAACAGGAGUGGUCCUUUUUACCAAAAUUCUCCAUCCUGGGCCCCAAUAAUGAGGAACUACUGAAGAUCCAGGGACCCUUCCUUCCAUUCAGAUGCUGUGGUGACAUAGACUUUGAGGUAAAAGGCAUUAUUGGUGAACAGUCUGUUGGUCGAAUCACAAAACAACGGAGUGGUUUAUUAAAGAAAUGCAUCAGUGAUGCCAGCAACUUUUGUAUCCAGUUCCCUCUGGACAUGGAUGUUAAAAUGAAGGCUGUACUUUUGGGUGCUUGCCUCUUUAUUGACAUCUUGUUCUUUGACAAAGGUGGAAAUUUAUUGCUAAAAUUAUUAAAGGCAUCAUGAAAUGCCUUCCUUUUUUU